AUGGCAGCGCAACCACCCAAGGACAUGACUGAAAGCACAACGGAGACCAGGUGGAACAGGAGACUCGAGGACAUCGCCAACAGCCUGCGUCCCUCGCUGCACGAGUGGAUUAGGCGGCCUCGAAGAAUAGUCGAGUUUGAGCCCGACAGCGACGCAUACUUCCAUGUCCGGCCCAAGACUAGCGAUCACUCUAUAUCGUCGCUCCCUUCAUUGAACUGGACGAAGAACGAUGAGUUUGUUCUGGACUUUGGGAUCCACAUGGUUGGAUAUCUGUCCUUCGUCCUGGACUUCACAGGUGCCAAUAUGGAUGCACCUUGCCGCCUACACCUCACCUUUGGAGAAUCAUUGUUUGAUGUUACAAUGGAUAUGAAGAACGUUGACACUUGGUUGAGUACGAGCUGGCUCCCAGAUGAGACCAUCAACGUUGACUUCUGCCCAACGGACGUCUCACUUCCUAGAAGAUAUUCGUUCAGGUAUCUCAGGGUUCAGGUGAUCGACGUUUCUCCAAAGUAUACAGUUCGCUUUUUAGACGUCCUAUGCAAGUGUGUCAGUUCUAUCAGCCAUGAUACACCAGUCGAAAUUUUGAAGUAUAAUGACCCAAUCCUUGACACCAUCGACCACGUCAGUAUCUCCACCUUGCGAGACUGUAUGCAGAUGGUCUUUGAAGACGGGCCUCGCCGGGAUCGGAGACUCUGGAUCGGAGACCUGAGGCUGCAAGCCCUUGCAGCAUAUUCCACAUUCCGAGACUACAAGCUGGUCAAGCGAUGCCUCUACCUUUUUGCCGCCGUGAGCCGGGUGGAUGGCUCACUGCCUGCAUGUGUUUUCGAGCAGCCCCAGCUCUCGCCGUCCACAGACUACAUAAUUGACUACGAUAUGCUGUUUGCGCCAACCGUCCACGACUACAUGUGUGCAUCCAACGACGUCCAGACGGGCCAUGAACUCUGGCAAACCGUCCAAGGAUGCCUGAACCGAGCCCUGGGACAUGUGGAUCCGGAGACAAAGACCUUCAAUCCAGGCCACUCGGAUGAUUGGAAGUUCCUUGACUGGGAUCAACAACUUGACCGCACAGCAGGAGAGCACGGUGUCCUUCUGUACUGCUUGAAAGCGGCUAACAAGCUAGCUCAGCUUCUGCAAAAGCCAGAACCAUUCACAGAGCUGGUGCAGAUGUUAACUGCAUCUGCAUCGCAGUUUCUUUCUGACGACGGGGUCUUCAUCUCAGGGCCCAGCUCACAGGUGUCGUACGCUUCUGCUGCUUGGUUAGUCCUCUCCGAAGCAUUUCCGCAGCAAACGGCUCGCACUGCUCUUCUCAAGACACUGGCUCAUCCAGAUGUGGUUAAGCCAUUAACACCGUACCUGUGGCAUCAUGUCUGCGACGCUCUAGCAACUGUCGGGUGCUACCAGGAGUGUAUUGACAUUAUGACCUCAUACUGGGGGAAGAUGGUGCAGGCUGGUGCGGACACUUUCUGGGAGUGUUUCCAUGCGAAUGAUGCCAAGAGUAGUCCAUACGGUGAUGUGAGGAACAAUAGUUUCUGUCAUGCCUGGAGUUGUACUCCUACCUACUUGCUGCGGGGUAAACUUCGGCAUUUUGUGGAAGCAAAGAAUUUGGGGAAAGUGACAGUGAAACAGUGGGAUGAGAAGUGGAUUGGGAGAACAGUAUAG